AUGUUCAAACUCACUCCCUCAGCUAAUUCUUAGAGAUCAACACCAAAAUCAAUUAGACGAUUAAGUUCACUAAGCCAUUCUAAUGGAGAAGUGCUUAUGAAUGACUAUUUUAACUUACCUAUGAUAUCAACUAAGAGUACAAUAGGAAAUUAUGGAUUUAAGCCUAAUACAAUCUCAGUAAUUGGAGAUUUCGAUGAAAGCACUCAUCAUAUUACUUAAGACACUAACAAAAUACCAAUAUAGAUUUUAGUUGGUUAAGGAGAAAAAGGUCUAGAGAAUUCUAACUACGAUAUUCUUGAGAAGUAUUAUUAAAGCAAGGCCAUUAAUAAUUAAAGAAGGGUAGAAGCUAAAAAGUUGAUUAAAUAAGAAAAUAUAAGAGAAUAGAGACAUUAAAGCCUUUAAAAAAAAAAUGUACAAAAUUUAGAUAAAUUAAAUGAAAAUUAAAAAUAUAGUUAAGGAAAAAAUUUUAUAAUUAGAGAAAACUAAAUUAAGUCAAAUAAUACAGAUGCACAAUUAUAUUUAUUUUAAAAUAUGGAUAAAAUUGGGUCUUAAUAAAAAACAAGUACAAUAGAGAUGGUUUCUAAAAGAAUUGAGAAUUUAAGAAGAAAACUUAAAAAAGUAUUUCUUUUUGUGUUUUCAUCCAUGGUGAUUUCGAAAAAAUAUAGAUUAGUUAAAAAAGAAGAAAAAUAAAUGAUAACAAUAUUAAAUAAUAAACUUUAGAGUUGUUAGAAAGUUAUAAACUAAAAUGGGGUUAGAUUCAUUGAAGAAUAAUAAUCAUAAUUCGUUUAAAUUGUUUCAAAUAAAGUUAUUUACUACCUUAACAAUUAAACUUAUAUUAAUGAAUGCAAUACAAUUGAUGAUGUAUCUAAUCCUGUUUAAAGUAUGGAUUGGAAAAAACUAAGAGUUUAAAGCUUUUCAAAAUUAAUUUAUCAAAAUUUGGAAUUACUCACUAGAGAAUGUAAUUUUCCAGAAUUAUUAAAAUGCCAAUUAAUAACUAGUCUUUAUAAAACCUCAAAAUAAUAGACUUCAUUCUUUGUAGGAGAAAGAUGUCAUUUCUAUUAAGCAAAUAGAAUCCAUCUUUAAAGAGAAUAAAAAUUAGCAAUAGCUAUGGAAUAUUUACUUUUUUAAAUAGUUAUUCCAAAUUUACUUUAAAUAGUUAAUAGUUUACCAACUUACAGUUAAAAUCAUAAAAUUUAAACCUAAUAAAUAAUAGUAAUAAUAGCAAGUCUCUUACAUCAAUAAUUUGUAAAUAGAUUUUAAAAUAUGAAAAAAGUGAAAAAUCCUAAUGGUUAUAUGGUCAAUAAAAGAUUGAAUAUGUAAUAUUUAGAAAGUGGUUUAUUUUGUAAUGAGAUUAAUAUUGCAUAUAACACUGGUGAUAAUAAUGAAGUACUUGGAGGAUUAAUAGAAUAAGAAAAACUUUAAUAAAUUGAAAAUUCGAAACCUGUUUGGAAAUAAUCAAUAGAUUCUAUCUUUGAAUAGAUCCUUUCAAAUGUCCAAAAUUUAAUAAACUUUUGA